AUGUGGCGCCUUCGAGACGUCCUAAUCGUGGGGCUUGCCGUGUCGGGCGCUGCAGCCAGCAACUGGUUCCCCGGCUCCAAGACUGGUGACGCAGUCUACAACAAGUGGCACGAGACGGAGCUUGAGCGAUGGCUCUCCGACCAGAACAUUCCCUACCCGACUCCGGCUGACCGCAAGGAUCUGGAGGGUCUCGUUUCCAAGAACUGGAACGACUAUGUUGUGGAGCCGUACAACAGCUGGGAUACCUCUCAGCUAAGCGCAUAUCUGCAAGCCAAAGGCAGUGAUGCGGCCAAGGAUGCUCAGAAGAACAAGGACAGCCUGAUCUCCCAGGUCAAGGCCAACUGGUAUGAAACCGAAGACUCUGCCAACUCAGCAUGGGCCAGUGUCAAGGAUUGGAUUCUUGAUACCUGGACCGAUUCUCAGCUCAAGUCUUUCUGUGACAAGAAUGGCAUUCCAGUGCCUCAACCGCGUACUCGUGAUACUCUGCUUCAGAAGGCCCGCGAGGGGUAUUCAACUCUUGCACAAAAGACCGGUGAAACUGCUGCCUAUCCUGGCGACUGGCUGUACUCUACCUGGUCCACGUCUGAUCUGAAGGAGUGGCUUGACACCCACGGUUUCCCUGCCCCUCAGCCGACUAACCGAGACAAGCUGAUUGCUUCGGUUCGCCGCAACUCUCGCCUUGCCUAUCUGAGGGCCCAGAACGAGGCUGAUAGCGCUGCCGCCAAGAUCCAGGCUACCUACACAUAUCUCACUGACACAAUUAUUGAGGCCUGGGGUGAGUCUCAGCUCAAGGAAUUUUGCGACAAGAAUGGAAUUCCCGUUCCCCAAGGCACCAAACUCAAUGAGCUUCGAGCACUCGUUCGAAAGCACCGCGCUGAUAUUCUCGGUGAUACUGUUGGUGCCAGCGCCAAGGCUGCCUUUGGUGCUGCUACCUCUAACGCCCAGAAUCAGUAUGCCAGGGCCACCGACAGCGCUUCGCUCGCCGCCCAGGAUGCUUUCAACUCAGCUGUUAACAAAUGGUCGGAUAGCCGGCUCAAGUCUUAUCUUGAUGCCCGCGGUAUCCCUGUUCCCCAGGCCAGCAAGUCUGAUGAGCUCCGAGCUCUUGUUCGAAAGCACGCUCACAAAGCCUCCACUGGCUGGCAGGCGUGGAACUUUGAUGACUACAGCUAUGACAACCUGAAGAGUUACCUCAUCAAUAACGGCAAUGCCGCCGCAAAGGCCGCGGCCAAGAAGAAGGACGCCACUCGCGAGGACCUUGUUAGCGCUGCCCAAUCUGCCUAUUCAUCUGCCUCAACUGCUGGCGGUGCCCAAUACGCCUCUGCCACUAGCUACCUGGCCUCUGUGACGGCUGCCGCUAAGCACAACGCCUUCGACACGUGGUCGGAGAGCGAGCUGAAAUCCUAUCUCGACAGCUACGGAGUCCCUGUUCCCCAGGGAUCCAAGAUUGACGAGCUUCGAGCAGAGGCACGCAAGCAAUCUACCUACUUUAGAUAUGGAUCCUCUUCUCCCGGAGGCACUGUCUUUGCUAAGCUCGGAGAAACAGCCAGGGACACAUGGAGAUGGGUCGCCGAUCAGCUGCACAUUGGUAGCGAAGUCGCUAGAGAGGAGGCUGCCAAGGCGGAGGCUGAAGCUAAGAAGAAGGGCGAGAAGCUGCGAAAGGAGCUGUAA